CCCCUCACCUCUUGUCGUCCCAGUGUCUUAGCUCAUGCAGCUUCUCGACCCGAACCUACGUCCUUGAACCUGGCGCCUGUCGCCGAAGCACAGCACACUGCCUAGUGCAGUGGCCUCGCAGCCAUGACUUCCGCCGCGCCGCCGCCGCCAGCACCGCAGUCCGCUACCUCGCAACAAAAUCGCCAACACCAAGCGAACCCUCCGCAGACCCCCAGCACGCCAGUCGCCCCCCAGAUACAGGCUGCUGUGUCGCCGCCCAGCAAGCGUGACCUGAAGUCGUGGUGGAAAGGCUUCAAGCUCCCUUCCAAGCAUCAGGAACACCAUGAUCCCCGCGCCCUCGGGAUAUUCGGUGUCCCCCUACGACAGAGCAUCACCUAUGCCAAUGUCGCCAUUUCGCUCGUGGACGAAGAUGGCAAGAGCUAUAUAUAUGGCUACGUCCCGAUCGUUGUCGCGAAAUGCGGCGUGUUCUUGAAGGAGAGAGCGACCGAGGUAGAGGGCAUCUUCCGUCUUAGCGGGUCCGAGAAGCGCAUCAAGGAGCUCAAGAACAUUUUUGACUUACCUGAUAGGUACGGCAAGGGGCUAGUUUGGGACGGUUACACGGUCCACGAUGCCGCCAACGUGCUCCGCCGCUAUCUCAACGACCUCCCCGAGCCCGUUGUUCCUCUGGAUCUUUACGAGAAGUUCCGGGAGCCGCUAAGGGGAGCUACGAAACUGGGCGCUGGCGACGCUGAGGGGCCCCAGUUCGUUGAGAACUUCGACAUGGAUGCCGCCAUCGUGAAGUAUCAGCAGUUGAUUAAGGAGCUGCCCCCCCUCAACCGCCAGCUACUGCUCUACCUCCUCGACUUACUUGCAGUAUUCGCGGCCAAGUCCGAUAAAAACCGCAUGACGUCGCAGAACCUGGCGGCCAUAUUCCAGCCCGGCAUGCUUUCUCACCCCAACCAUGCCAUGGCGCCUGACGAGUAUCGGCUGAAUCAAUGCGUCAUCAUUUUCCUCAUUGAAAACCAGGAUCAUUUUCUCAUCGGCAUGCAAGGCACGGCCGCAGAUGAGAAGACGGUAGAGGAGGUCCAAAAGGGGACCCCGGUCCUCAAUCCGCCCUCGACGCCGAUGCCGAAGCCGGGGCUCGUGCGGUCCGCGUCCACUGGGAGCGCCGGCGCCGAGAGUGUUGCCAGGGAUGGCUCAAUCCGGAGGAACAAGUCGACGUCUUCGAGACGGUCCCUGCACUCGAACGGUUGCCCAAGCCCGGGCAGCCCAGCGCUGGCGGCAUCAACCCCCACGAGCGGAUUGGCUCGGAGCAACACAGUCCCGUCCAAGAAGUCGCCGGCUCUACAGUCCGGGAGGUUUCCCCAUCGGAACGAUACGCCAGUGACCCCCCUCACCCCCGUCGCGCCGCCUGCUACGGCAGUAGUGUCUCCGCCGGCGGCUGUCGAAGAGGUCGAUACCCCUCCGGAGGAAUCGGCGCUAUCCCUCUCUGCUUCGACAGCACCAUCCAGCUCGCAGCCCGGCCUGUCCACUGCUGGUGCGAAGAGCCAGGAGCGGCUCCUCGAGCCUCCUGCUCCCGAAGCCACCACUCCAUCCAAAGAACGAAAACUGCCCAUCCUAUUCCAAAGGAUAGCGUCGAGCGAGAGCGACGGGCGCCAGCCGAACAAGCUAAGAAAGAAAAGGCUUCCCGGCAGCGCAAACCCCAGCGCUCACAGUUCAACGGCGUCGCUUGCCCAUUCCGCAGCCAUUUCCCCCAAUGCCGAGAUGGCGAAUCCUCUUGAGGCGAUCCCAUCUGCUUCUGGGAUAACGACAAGCGCUAGAGAAGCCGCGGCAACGCAGCUGGCCGAGACCCCCUCGGACUCGACGCCAAGAGCAUCCCAGGUUCCGCCCGGCAGCAAAGAAUUGGGCCCGAAUCCCGGCAGUACCGAACCGAGUAGCGGUAUGACCAACCCCGACCCCGGCGACGCUCAUGCCAGCAGCGCCCACGCGGAUACUCUCCACCCAAGCAGUGCACAGGCGCCCCUGAAAUCCAAAAGGUCUCCCCCAACAUCGCUCCACAGCUCAUUCAACGAAGGAUCGGACCUCGAUCAGGUCGACGAGCCGGUGGCAGCUCCUGUGGAGGCGGCCGUGCCCGACACGCCGAGCGACAAGGAAAAGAAGAAGCGUUGGCGCCUCUCGCGCAAGAAGGAAGACGUCAUACCGCCCGCCUAUGCGCCCCUCGCGUCUCCGCGGCCGGUGCUCGGGUCGAACGCGAAUGCGGACGCCAGCAGCACUUCGAUAAACAGCUCUGGAAAACCCGGACAGAGCGUGGGAGGAGACUCGACGGACCGCACCACCUUGACUGCCGAGGCUCCCCCGGCGGUUGAGGCUGCCGGCAAAGAGAGCCGGGAGGACUCGAAUAAACUCUCGAGCUGGAUCAAAAACAAGUACCGCGAGCACAAGGAGAAUGUCGAGCAGCGGCGCAACAAGUCGCCCCCCGGCGAGAGGACAGUCUCGCUGGGCGCCAGCCUCCUUCCGUCAGCGCGCGGGAAGAGCCUAGAUCUGAAGCGCAGCGAGGACGACAAACCGCCGGCGGCACCACAGCCGCCACAACCACCGUCAUCGCAGCCGCAAUCGCAGUCCCAGCCCCAGGCGCAGUCGCUGGCCCAAGAUCCCCAAACGCAAUAAGGGCCAGCCAAGCUGGGACAAAAGAAAGAACAAGCUCAAAAG